CCUUAUACUGGAAGUGGCCAAUUUAGGUCCGUUUAGAUGUGGUGAACUGGUAGCAAAACAACUACAGCGCAUAUGCAUGUCUGUCUGUUUAUAAACGCGCGCGCGCGCGCGCAAUGCCCACAGCCAUAUCCAAACCCAGCCUGCGUCGUGCUGCUCAUUACGUUUGAUCUAUGCGGAGCUCCUGCCUGCGUCUUCACACGGCACUUGGCGGACAGACGCGCAGAACAGGCGGUGGAGUGCUGCUGCUGCUGCUGCUGCUGCUGCUGCUGAUAGGUCGUCACAGUCCUCAUCCAGUCGCGGUGAAACAGUCUGGCAUUCCUUCAGUGCUCGGACGGAGAUGCGCAUCUGGACCGAGGGUGUCCCGGGGACAAUAACGCGUCGAGGAGCUCCGCUGUACUUGUCCUUCUGUUCCCCACAGAGGAAAUAAUCACACGGGUUCAGGACUAUUUUUGUUGGAAUGGCAGGCGCAAAGUGCCUUCUGAAAACGCCGAGUAACUUCCAGUCGUCUGCCAUGUUUGAAGGCUCAGAGUCUGUGGAGGUGGAGGGAGGCAGCACAGAGAGCACUGUGGCCUCAUCCAUCAGCGCCUGUAAGAAGGUGCUGGGCAGUAACAGUGUGCUGGACUCUUCAGAGUACUGGCUGAGGAAUGAGAAGGCUCUGUGUAGACUGGGCCUGCUAGAUGACGACUCGGAGGGCAGCUGCACCAUGGUCUGUUUUGUUAAUCUGGACCCUCAGAAGACAGACUGCCGUGAUGACAAAAGCAUCAAGAAAUUGGCCUCAGUGUCUCCAGACCUGCCUAAGUUCGUUGAAUUACUGACUGUCCACCAGCCGAAGGAAAAUGAGAUCCUGCUGCUGGGUGGCCUCGAAGCAUCAGACACUUGCCAAGCACACCCACACUCCCCCCCUCAGACAUGUCCCUUACAGGCCGGACCCCAGCAGAGACACACAGGUGUGUGCCUGGUUCAGUGUUCACGGAAGAGGCGCUCAACACCAUCUGGCAGCAUAAUCUUUGAGAUCAACAAAUUCCUGAUUGGCCUGCAGUGGGGAAAAGAGCGACAGUUCCAACAGGGCCGAGCACCCCGGCAGCGGAUUGACGACGACACCAAUCGCUCCAUCUCAUCCAUAGAGGAAGACUUCCUGACCGCCUCAGAACACCUGGGAGACGACAGCGAGGAUGAUGGCUUCAGAAACGAACCAGAGUGUGGUGACCUGGGAGAGAGCUUGGUAGAGGCUGCACAGAAACACUGUGUCAGGCUUGUAUAUCACAAGGGACAGAUGGCCCAUCAUCAAAACAAGGAGGAUGCAGAGGUGAAAAGGGAAGGGCAUCAGCGAGCCAGCCUCCAAACUAAGGAAUCAGCUGGUCACUACGCCACCAAUCUUGCUGAGUCAGUGUUGCAAGAUGCCUUCAUAAGACUUUCUCAAGACGAAACCUCCUUUGUUUCUGAGGCAGCUGUCAGUGUGUCCCUCUCUACUUGUCCUUCCAACUCCAAUGGCCCUUCAAAGACCAGAGAGCCUUCCCAACAACGCACCUGUUCGUUUGAACUCCCAAAAAUUGUCAUUGUUCAGAGUCCAGACAAUUCUGAUGGGACUACAGAAUGGCCAGACACCCAGGCUUCUCAUGGGCCUGACCACAGUAUUGCUGCCAAAGUGAGAGAAAUGUCACAGAGUGAGACACAUUCCUCUCAUAUUCCCCACCACAAUGGAGGACACCCAUCCAGACAUAUAGAGAUGGCUUUGACCUGUGCUGCUAAUGUUAUUGGCACCAUUACAACCCCACAGCUGACAGAACAGCUCGCUAUUGCAUCUGCUUCAGAAGAGGACACUGAGGAGGAGGUGCAGGAACCAGAGGAGCAAGGCGACUACUCCUUCUCCUCAGCUAUGUGUGGCAUGGCUCAAGUAGCUGGUGCUGUAGCUGCUGUGGAGCUAACAGAGGAGUCCGGAGAAGGUGUUGAUUCUGAUGCUGAUUCCACAGAAGUCUAUACACCGUCACAGGGUCUGAUGUCGGCUGCCGAGGCCUCUGCAGCCUUCACCCUGCACUGCAGUGUGGCAGAGGGUACUAGUGUUGAAGCAUUUCGUGCCAACAUUGCUGAGGUCCUCCACCGGGAAGCAGCUGAGGUGUUGACUCAGCCACAAGGCUACAAGAGUGUAGCCCACCUGCUGGAGACCACUCAUAAUAAGAUAGUAGAUGGCAUUACCUGCCCAAAAAGAUGUUACAUGGAUGAAGGAGAAGUGGAUGACUUAAUAAAUGAGGUGGCAGACAGUCUAUUCAAGCAUGCAUUAGAGAAAGCUAAAAAGAAAAGAGAACUGGAGGGUACUGGAAAAGAGGCGCCAAGCCUCCAGAUUUUUCUGCAGGAUAGCGUAAACAAUUUGCUGUUUGAUAUUCUUUGCGUGACACAGAAAAAAAUCAGUCACAUCUCUAGAUGUGACCAAGAGUCUUAUGAAACACAUGAGGGUGAUACUUGUAUUAAGGAGUCCACUAUGAUCAAGGAGAGCAAGGAUCCAUUCAGUCAGUUGCAGUGCUUAGUAGCCCAUAGCCAGUCCAGUAAUAAUGAGAACCACAGCACCACUAUGCUACAGUGCACAGAGAAGUUACCCGUGGUUCAAGGGCUGAAACAGAAACAUAUGCUUGAGGAAAGUGAUCUCACUGCAUCUUCCUCCUCAGUAUACAGCAAAGAACAUCAGCAGCAGUCAUUAUGUAGACAGAAUUAUUCUAAACCCACAGCUUCACCAGCCAAAGACUUGUCUGACCCCCAGCAGAUUGGUGCCAUCAGAGAACCUUUAAGUGAAAUCCCAGUUCACAGCACAGAGAGGAGGGGUCGACUAGGGACAGGCAGUGACAGCAGGCAGGCCUCUCUCACCCCCCAGUCCUCUCUCAACUCUUGCAGUUCUCUUCUCUCUUUGAGAGUAGACUCAGAGUCCAGGGCACCUAUUACUUGCUAUGCUGAUGAUUUAGCUACUACAGUGGUGUCGAUGGCCACAGAACUAGCAGCCAUAUGCCUUGAGAACUCCACUGGAAAACAACCCUGGUUUUGUGCCCUAAAAGGGGCAUCUUCAGAAGGACCAGAAGCUUACUUAAUCCCUGCUUGUCGCACUGUGCUCAGGAGGAAAGAGGGUCAGAGCAGCAAUUCUGCCUCGAGGAAACAUCGGGCCCCACGUCUCAGUGAGAUCAAGAGGAAAACAGAGGAGCAACCAGAGCUAAUGGAGCGGUUGGUCAACCGGGUGGUGGAUGAGUCAGUCAACCCUGAUGAACCACAAGAUCCAUUUGCUCUCUUUGCCUCAGAAGUCACAGCCAGGAUCAUGAAUUGCCCUGAACUUAAUGUGGUGGAUACCACCAAAACAGGCCAACAACGCAGCAGGCUGCAGUGUGAGAGGUGGAGCCGUGGAAAGGCAUCUAGUUAUGAGAGUAUUCCAGAAGAAGAUGCAGACCCCUCAGGCACACCCAACACCCUGGGCCCUGGCAGUCGGUUAGGGCAGAACUUGAGCCGUGGUAGCUCAAUCUCUAAGCAGUCCAGCUGUGAGAGCAUCACGGAUGAAUUCUCUCGGUUCAUGGUAAACCAGAUGGAGACUGAGGGCAGAGGCUUUGACCUUCUUCUAGACUACUAUGCAGGAAAGAAUGCCAGCAGCAUUCUGGCAGCAGCUGUGCAACAAGCUGCGUCAAAGAAAAAUGGUCACCUUAAUGUCAGGGCUGCAUCCUGCCUGUCGAAACAGUCUAGCACAGAGAGCAUCACAGAGGAGUUCUACAGGUUCAUGCUUCGGGAUAUGGAUAAGGAAAACAGAGAAUAUGGCAUUGCCAAAACUAAAGAAUGGAGCAACAGCCUAUUCCCCCCUUCUCCCAGAACACCCUUCUGUAUAAGACAGUCUUCUGUCCCAGACCGGCGCUCCUCAGACUCACGACUGACUGUCAACUCACCCAUUAAAGCCAACUCUUUUGAUGGAUUUGCCCGCAACAUGCAUGGAGAAACGCUGAACAUCUUCCCCACCAACUCUGUGUCAGCCACUGGACUGUGUAAGUCAGACUCCUGUCUCUAUCAAAGGGGUAAGACUGACCAGAUUACUGAUAUGCUAAUUCACGAGACCUGGUCGAGCUCCAUUGAGUCCUUGAUGAGAAAGAACAAGAUCAUUGCUGAUCCAGAGGACAGCAUUGAGUUGGAGGCUGCAGGAGACUCCCAGCCCCAUGUGCAGCAAUUUGCCAAUCGUCUGGCAGCUGACAUCGUCGAUAUUGGCAAGUCUGCACACGGGGGACAGCAAGAUGUGGCUGUUGGAUCACCUGGAUCACACCCACAGUCGCACAUGCCAGUUGGUGAAAGAAGGCGGGGGUUCAAACAAUCUCAUCUAAGUUGUGGUCGGAGCAAGUCAAGCCAAGAGCAAGCUGGCAAUGGAGUAGGGUCAAGUGACAGCAGUGCACCCUGCAUGAGGGGCCCCAGAGAUGUGCCACUGAUCCACAUCGAGGGGGAUCAAAAGGAUGAAGAGACUCUUUUAAACCAUGAAAGGAGAGUAGGCGGACCUCAGGAAACAUCCCUUGACAUGGCAGCUACAAAACGUACGGAGAGAGCUACAGCCAACAACAGCAGCAGUGAGAGGGACAGGCCAACUGUGGCGGUGGCUGCAGUAGUGAAGAGGGACAAGCGUUCUAUGAGUGCUAGCAGUGAAGAGAGCAUGGGGAGCUGGUCUCAUAUAACCCCCGAAGAUGACCCCCACGAGGAGACCAGUAGUUUUAUCCAGCUGAGCGAGGGGAAUGGUACCAGCAGCACAUCGAGCCUCGGAUUGGCAGACCUGGACACUUUUUCUGAUGUUCCCAAUCAGAGCACAGUAUUCAGUGAGGAGACAGAGAAAGGCCACCUGGCAGGAACCAAGGAGAAUGUCUUUGAGAGCACUUCAGCGAGAACGGCAGGUGGCAGUAGCAACCUCAGGGAGCUGUUGGUGGUAAACUGCGACCUCGAGCCAGAGUGUGUGGACUCAGAGCUGAGAGUGGCGCUGCAGUGGAUCGCUGCCUCCGAGCUGGGCCUUCCUGCUCUCUACUUCAGGAGGUCCAAAGAGAAGAGGGUUGCAAAAUUCCUGAGGGUGGUACACCUGAUGUCUCAGAAGGCCUGGAGGAUUGCAGAUCUGUUCAGCGCUGUUGUUCAGUUCUGUAAGCUACAUGAAAAAGAAAAAGAGGAAGAGGCGGGCCGGUCUCUCCAGUCCAGCCUGUUUGACUGGCUGUUGGAGAACAUUUAGGAAGGACUGUCCCCGUUGUACUGCAAACAAAAACACACAUGCUCACUCAUUCUCUCACAUUUGUAUCAUGCUCCUAAAUGUUCCCCUAGUCCUGCCUCAUCACACCAAGUGUCACCUACAGCAAGCUGAAGGCACAGCGCAUUCAGCAUACUUGAGAAAUACAUACCUCUCAGUCUUGUGUUUUAUGUGUUUUACACAGCUAUGAAUGGACCAAUCUCCCUUUAACAAGAGCGUGUUUUUGUUUUCAGAUUUACCUCUCUGGUGAGAUGCACACAAACAGAGCAAACUCUAAUGGGUUGGACAUUCUUGAUGGGAAUGAACUAGCCCUCAAGCAGGUUUUAACUGACUGAUCCAGAUUAUAUAUAAAUAUAUAUAUUUACAGAUUCUCACAAAAUUAUGUUUAUUUAUGUAUGAUGAAGAAACACACGAGGUAAAGUACAUAUAAAAGAUAGGAAAAUCAGGUUGAAUUCUGUUCCACAACCCUGACAUUCUCUGACAUUUUGUAUCAAAACUACUUCAUAAAAGAGGCUGUUCAGAUGUAAGCCCAGAAAAACAUUGUUCACAUUCUUCUGAUAGCCACUUAGAAGUGCACAUUUGCCUAAUGUAAGCGAAGCAUCCAUGACUUCAUUGUGUGUAUUGAUCAACAUACCACUUCUGUUGUGAAAUUAAGUUCUAAGUAUGUUAUUUUGUUCAUGUUACUUGAGAACUGAUUAUUUUGGAUAGCUGUACUGUACAUACUGUAGAUCUGGAACUGCUGCACCUUGGAGUAGUGGACUGCUCUCUUUAGCUUUUACUGUGUCCGAAUGACAGAGUAAAGUUUGUAAUGUUGAAUUUGUAUGUGGAUUUGGUCUGUUCAUUUCUCUACUUGGUGGUAAUCUAGUGUUACAUAAGCUUCGGGGAGGGGGAGAAAAAAAAAGCACACGAUUCAGCUGUAAACUCUGUCACAGUAGAACUGAAUGUAUUUAUCUUUUGACAUCAAUAAAUUUCUGUGAUGUGAA